AUGUCUGUUGUUUCUCUCCUUGGGGUUAAAGUUCUCGACAACCCUGCCCAAUUCCUCUCCAAAUACCAAUUCGAAAUCACUUUUGAAUGCCUGGAGCAACUUCAGAAAGAUCUAGAAUGGAAGCUCACCUAUGUCGGCUCCGCUACUUCGUCUGAAUAUGAUCAAGAACUCGACUCCCUCCUCGUCGGUCCGAUUCCCGUCGGUGUCAACAAGUUUAUCUUUGAAGCCGACGCGCCAGACCUUAAGCGCAUCCCUACCUCAGAGAUCCUUGGUGUAACCGUGAUCCUCCUCACCUGCAGCUACGAUGGCAGAGAGUUUGUGCGUGUCGGAUACUACGUGAACAAUGAAUACGACUCCGAGGAGCUCACUGCCGACCCUCCUGCCAAGCCGAUUAUCGAGAGAAUUCGUCGCAAUAUCCUUGCCGAAAAGCCUAGAGUGACUCGAUUCGCAAUCAAAUGGGACUCGGAGGAAUCUGCUCCCGCUGAAUACCCGCCAGACCAGCCCGAAGCGGACGGCCUCGAUGAUGACAGUGCUGCUUAUGGCCAAGAAGAGGUAGAACUCGAGGCUGCACUUGUACAAGAGUUGCACAAUACGGAGGAUACCGAACCAGCCAAGGGCGAAGACCACGAAAUGGAGGGCACCAAUAACCAAGAAGAAGAAAUUUCGGACGGAGAGAGUGAAGACAUUGAAGACGAGAGCGACGAUGACGAGGACGAAAUCGACGAAGAAGAAGGCGGCGAUGCUGAUGAGGACGUUGAAAUGGGUGAGGACUCUGAGCCGAAGGACGACAACGCUAACCCGGCUGCACACCACCCUCAGCAGGAAGUCAUGGUUCAUUAA